AAAUGAUUGGUGCGUCACAUCGACAAUUCGUGAAAAUUUUCAGAAGCGGUCAAAUCAAGACAUUUUUAGAUUUGAGUUGAGUUCAGCCACACUAUGUCUGAUAACGUUCAUUCUUCAAGUAACGAAGACGAUUCCAUCGUGAUGAUGCAUGAUAUAGGACGAAUCUUCAAUGAUAUUAUGUUUUCUCGAAGAUUUACAAGUUGGGACAAUUUUGAGACCUGUUUGAAAGAAGUACAUAAGUAUACGCAUACUAAGUACGUUAUGUCAGUAUGCAAAAAGAACAGUGAUGAUCCAACUCUAAAGUACUUUUUCGUGAGAUAUGUCUGUACAUAUGGACGUAAACGCAGUUCGUCAGAGUCAGAUGCUUGCGUUCAGGAUGUAGAUGAUGAUAGUAAUAAUCAUUCUUCUGAAGAGCAUACAACUUCUAACUCGCCAACACAACCUAGGCAAAGGAGACGACGUCGGUCAUCUACGUCGAAAUAUUGCCACUGUAAAUCAGGAUUUUGGGUCCGGGCACUGAAUGGUGAGUUGAAACUCACCUCUAUUAAAACCGUGCACAACCAUCCUUGCACAGAAGGAUAUAUUUCUGUCGAUCCAUCGAAACGACAGUUGACCUCAAGUGAACGCUUGUAUUUAAGAACGUUUCUACUGAGUAAUACACCAACUCGUAGCUUACGGUAUCUGGUUUCUUUGAAGUUCAAUAAACAACUUACCAAGGACGAUAUCGCCAGAAUGCGUUCACAGUUGUACCCAGACACUAAAAAUAUCAAUAACAUUUUACAGCGCAUUCAAGGUAAUACUGAAGUUAAAGUAUUCUAUGAAAAUGGGAACAUGUCUAUGAUUUGCUUCAGCCGCAGAGAGCAAAUAGCUGUUUACCACGCGUUCCCGGAAGUAAUAUGUAUUGAUUCGACUUAUCAGACCAAUAAAGUCGGCUUUCCACUGUUCCAGCUAGUGGUCACUGAUAGUCUUGGGCAAGGGCACACUGUUAUGUAUGCUCUUUGCAGUCAAGAACGACGCGAAGAUAUAGAAAAACUAUUGGAAUGUUUUAAAGAGAUAAUGUGCGGUACUUAUGCUACACGCACGUUCAUUAUGGAUUCGGCAGCGACCGAAAUUUCGGCUGUGCAGUCUACGCACAGUCAUUCUAACAUAAUACUUUGUUCAUUCCAUGUCCUAAGAGCGUUUUUCAGGAAGUUCCGAAAUCCUGAUGUGCGCAAAUGCUUGGAACAGCUUGUGAAGACUAGACGGUCUGAUAUGUGAGCUUCGCUUUUCAUAGCGCAUUAUAUUCAGAUUUACUCGAAAGUACGAACAUCUAAGAACGCAUUUUCCACGGGCGUAUGAUUACAUAAAAGAUUACUGGAUUGCUAGGAAGUCAAUGUGGGCUCGCUGUUACCGGCGACAUGUAUUAAGCCUGGGCAACCACACAAACAACCGUGUUGAAAGUGCUCAUAAACACUUAAAAGAAUGUCUCAGAAGAGGUGAUUCCCUAUUAUUGACGUUCUGGAAAAUUUGGAGUAAAACAGACAUUGAUGUACGUUUGCGUCCUUAUGACGCUGUGAAGGAUCUUCAACGUUUUCCUAUUCUUCAGGUAAGAAAUAUAGUUAAAUGUAUCAUUAAUUCCAGGUUCCAAUGUCAUUUCGAACUCUUCUAAAUGAGUUCACAUCUUUUGCAGCUAAAAUUGUAGCUGUAAAUUAUAAACGUGUUCGGACAAUGAGACACGAAUUUAUAGAAGGAGAAUACAUCCGGUGCUACGACAAGGGUAUGAUGUAUGUUGUUGAUACUUCACGUGCACGAUGUGCUUGUGAGCGUUUCAAUGACUACAUGCUGCCCUGUGGUCAUAUUUUGUAUGCACAUUCUAAAGAUCUGAUUCGCGGAGACUUAUUUCGACAUAGCAACCGGUGGACAAGAAAAUACAUAAUGGACCUGGUUCUUCGUGCGCUGGACAACAUCUCAAUCUCUACAGGGAGUGAUGAUCUGCUAGAGAAGUUCACUAGCAACUACCACUCAAUCCAUGCUCUUAGUGAACCUAUGGCAAGUAAACUCAUCCGUUCAUGCCUCGAAGCAUCGGAAGACAUAUGUGCACAGUUGAUGAGUUCAGUCGGUGCUAAUGAUGAAGCUGCAACGUCAGAAUCCAUUGUUAAUGCAGACCAUAGUUAUGCUUCUUGAUAACAAGAAGUUCUAAUAUUGUAAUCUUUUUAGUUUUACAUAAAUUCAUUUAUAUGGCGA